UCAUCACAAAAAAUUAGCAUAAAUUAACCAGCAUUUACACUCAAAAAUUAAAUUAGUUUACCACCGAAGUGUCACACACAGUAGACGCUCCAAGUAUUAAAUUCUCUCUCCUUUUUCACAUUCCCAUCAAAACCAUCAAUACCCACUUCAAAUUUCAUCAAAUACUUCAAUUUUAGCAAUUACCCACAAAAAUUUAGCUACCCAAAAUCACAUAAUUUGAGCAAUGAUAGUGAGAAAAUUACAGAUACUCUGUUUUCUGGGUGUUUUAGUUGAGUUGGGAUUUUGUCAAAAUUAUACCAGAAAUUUUGCAAGAGAUUAUAAUUAUAUAACAUGGGAUGAUAUUAAGGUUGAUGAUUAUAAAAAUUUAGUGUCAAAAAGUGAGAUUAAAGAUAAGCUAAAUUGGAAUAAUAGUGGGGUAAUUGUGGUUGAUCAAAGUGGAAAAACAGGGGAUUCAAUUACUGUUCAAGGUGCUGUUGAUUUGAUUCCUUCUGGGAAUUCGCAGAGAAUUAGGAUUCUAAUUCUUCCUGGAAUUUACAGGGAGAGGGUAGUUGUACCAAGCUCCAAGCCUUACAUUUCCUUCAUUGGGACAGAAAAUCAGACUUCUAAUACAGUAAUUACUUGGAAUAACAAAGCUUCUGAUAGAAAUAGUAAUGGUGCUGAACUUGGAACUUUUGGUUCAGCUACCAUCAGCAUAUUCUCUGAUUAUUUUUGUGCAUCUGAGAUUACUUUUGAGAAUACAGUAGUGGCAAUACCAGGUGGGUUGGGGAUGCAAGCAGUGGCACUGAGAGUAUCGGCUGAAAGGGCAAUGUUCUACAAAGUUAAUAUCCUUGGUGCUCAAGAUACUCUCUUAGAUGACACAGGGUCACACUACUUUUACCACUGCCUCAUCCAAGGAUCAGUCGAUUUCAUUUUUGGCAAUGCAAGAUCAUUAUAUCAGAAUUCAGUUCUUCAUUCAAUAGCCAAUAGAUCAGGAGCAAUUGCAGCACAUCAUCGAAAUACACCUGAAGAAAAUACCGGAUUUUCAUUCUUAAACUGUACAAUCAAUGGAAGCGGAUUGAUUUACCUGGGAAGAGCCUGGGGGCCAUACUCAAGAGCAGUAUAUUCAUACUGUGACAUUGAUGAUAUUAUUGCACCAGAAGGGUGGAGUGACUGGGGUGACCCAGAAAGGCAGAAGACGGCAUUGUUUGGUGAAUUCCAGUGCAGUGGGAAGGGAGCAAACACAACAAGGCGGGUGACAUGGGCAAAGUCUUUCACUAUUGAGGACGCCAGGCCAUUUCUCGACAUGGAAUUCAUUGACGGCAAUAAAUGGUUGAGACUAUAGCUAACAGUAACAAUCAGAUAAAAUAUGUAGGACUAGUCACUUCAAAUGGUUAGCUCUCUAUGUAAACAUGUACAAUAC